AGGACACAUUUUGCAACCUGGUAAGGUUUCACAAUCCCUCAAUAGCCUAGAGGAAAAUGGUGCCUAUGUCAGCAUCAUCUCUGCAUCUUCUUUCCCUUUCUCCAGUUGUUUGGUGAAGUAGGCUGGUGUUCUGGUUUUAAUUUGAUGGCCAAAUUUGUUGUUUUGAUCUGUUUGGUUUUGGUGGUAUAAAUUGGUUGUAUUAACAGAGGUGAAACAUGUGUUAGGUUGAGUAAGAGGUUGCUUCUAACAGAGGGUUUAAAAGUUCCUGGAAUUCAGUUUAUGGCAUCAGGUCAUAGCCUCUAUUGCUUGUUCUUGGAGAAUGGCUUGUUCAAAAGCUUGAUUCAGCCUUUGGAGUUUCAGAAUUUUGAUAAUAGGUCUUAUUUAUCAUUUAAUCCACUGAUAAAACUGGAUUUGAAAUAGGCAGCUUGGACAUAUUCCUUUGGCGACGUUUUGGAUUAUAUUGAAAGUAAGAAAUAGGAAAACUUCAAAGUUACUGUUUUAUCUUUUGAGUGUGUAAAGGAUAUGUAGUUCCAGAUCCUAGGUUUCGUUAUUAAGGGUUACUCUCUUUAUUCUUAGAAGGAUUUAGGGCACUUAAAUUGAUAUUUUGACUGACAUAUAAAUACUUUUGUAAAUGAGAUACAUCUUGUUGAUGCCUUUAGUGUUAUACUCUUCUAUUCCAAAGAAAAAAGGUUGGGUUACUCCUAGGCAUAGUUGAUCUAAGCACCUCAAACCUCUCUUGGUAAGCUAUGAUAGAAGCAUCCUGGAUGAGUUUGUUAAACUCUUCCAUCACAUCCUUUCUACACAACUCCCCAGAUCUCCUGCAGAACUCCUCCGCUGAAACUUCCCAAUUUCGCAUCUCGUUUUGAACUUGCCAUCCUUGAUACCAAGUGGUGAAUCAUGUCAGUUUGAGCACCUUUACAACUACACCAAAAAUUUAUCAAAUUGCAGUGAGAAAUAGCAAACAUGUUGAGCUUUGCUUCAAGAGAAAAGCUAUGCAGUCUGUUAAAGGAGAUGUACUUGAGAAAGAAUCAAUUGAUGUCAGUGACAAGCUUGAUUAUGGAGUUGUAAGUGUUCACCAUGUUGGUAUACUGUGUGAAAAUCUUGAGAGGUCGCUUGAGUUUUAUCAGAGUGUUUUAGGUCUUCAGAUAAAUGAGGCAAGGCCACAUGAUAAGCUUCCCUAUCGAGGUGCUUGGUUGUGGGUGGGUUCUGAGAUGAUUCAUUUGAUGGAGCUUCCAAAUCCAGAUCCAUUAACUGGUCGACCAGAGCAUGGGGGUCGAGACCGUCAUACUUGUAUUGCAAUUCGAGAUGUGUCUAAGCUGAAAACCAUCCUUGAUAAGGCUGGUAUUCCCUAUACACUUAGUCGGUCUGGAAGGCCAGCAAUCUUUACACGAGAUCCAGAUGCAAAUGCUCUGGAAUUUACGCAGGUGGAUAACUGAUAUGCAUCUAGAACCUCAACAAUACUAGUAAAUAAAUGUGUAUAUAAACUAGAACCUGACCACUGGUUAGCCACAAGUUCUAAGAGAAAAGAAUAUGGCUGGUUAUACAUAUCAAAUCAGUCUGCUUGUAUUCAAAAGAACAGAAACAAGGUUUCUUGAUUUCCUUGGGUCCAGAUGUUUUUGAUAAUGAAAAUCUCUUUUGGUCCCAGAAAUGAGGUUAUUGCUUCCGAGCUUCUAAGUAUAGCCGUUGUCUUCUUUUUCCCCCCAAAAACAGAAAUAUUGUUAGUAAGGUUAUUUUUGGCUUACACUUUCAUCCAACUUCUCUGUUGUAACUUUGGAAUUAGUAUGGAUAUAUGAUUCAAGUAUAAUUU